AAGAAGAUAAAAAUUCAGUCUGUUUUGUAUUGCAUUUUGGGUCUGUUGUAAUAAACCAAAUUAGCUUAGAAUGUCCACCACUAUCUGCGCCCUGACGCAGAGCCUUCUGCAGCAACGGAUUUGCAUGUCCACCACGCGCUGUUCCUCAAUGGGCAAGUUUCAGCCCUUCACUCGGGUGGAGCGCCUGAAGCCCUCGGAGGAGAGCAAUCUGCAGAUGGCCUUUGAUCUGGACUCCGAUCCCAAGAAGGUCAACCUAGCCGGGGAGAUCUAUCGCAACAGUGACGGCAAGCUCCACAUUCACAAUGCGGUGCGCAGGGCUGAGAUCGGUGUGGCCUGCGACGACUCGUACACCCACGAGCCCUACCCACCGCUGGGCAAUCCGGAUUUCACUCGAGCUGCCAAUGAGCUGGUCCUGAACAAGGCGGCGCCUGCUAUGCUGCAGAAUCGUGUGCUCGGCAUCCAGACAGGCUCUAGCAUUGAUGCAUUGUGCCUGGCCGCACAGUUUCUGCGUGAGAGGAUGCGGUGCACCGUUUGCAUGCUGGCCCGCCCCAGCUGUGACCAGUGGGUGCACAUAUUCAAGAGUGCCGGCUUCAACUGCCAGAGCUACCAGUACUACAGCGAGGAGAAGGGCGAGCUGAAUAUCUAUGGGCUGGUCGCCGACCUCAUGACUGCACCGGAGGGUGCCGUGGUGGUGCUGGAUACGUGCGCACAUAAUCCCACUGGCCUGGAUCCGACCGUCGAUGAGUGGAAGCUGAUUGCCCACAUUAUUAGGUGCAAGAAACUGUUGCCGCUCUUCCACUUGGAGUCACACGGACUCGUCAGUGGCGAUACUGUGCAGGACUCCUGGCCAGUGCGUUACUUUGUCGACAGUGGCUUUGAUUUGCUGUGCGCUCAGUCGUUUGUCAAGAAUUUCGGUCUCUACAAUGAGACUGUGGGUCACUUAAUGGUCGUGCUUAACAAUUCCAUUCAGCUGGAUGUGGUGCGGGGACAGUUCGAGGACAUGCUGCAGCGCAGCAGGGAGAAGUCCUUCUCGGCAUUUGCCAGCCGCAUUGUGGCCAAGAUACUCAAUAAUGCAUCAUUGCGGCGUGAUUGGUCCGUCUCCCUCCAAGAUGUGCACCAGCGAAUGCAGCAAAUGCGCCUGGCCUUGAGCAAUAAGUUGACAGUCCUGAAGACGCCUGGCAAGUGGGAUCACAUCAAGAAGCAAACUGGCCCGCAUCUCUACACAAAUCUGAAGCCGAAUCACCUGCGAAGGCUGCGCAGCAAGCAUGUCUAUGUGCCCGAGAACGGACGCAUUAAUCUGGGCGCAUUAUGUGCGGCAAAUGUCGACGUGGUGGCCGGGGCCAUACACGAUGUGAUGCUAUCAGCGGAAUCGGAGACAGACAAGAUUUUCAUACUGCCAGCGGCUGGAACGGGCUUGCUGUGCCAGAAGCCUGCCAAGAUUGAAAUUGUGCAGGCGAUCCAUAAUGGAGUAUAAAGAUUCAUUUAUUAUUACAUUCCAAUUAGGCCGAAACACAAAGCGUCAUCUGACAUGCCAGCAUGCUAGGGGCAAA